GGUUUCCUGCCGCCGCCGCCCGGGCACUCGGCGCUGGCUCCCGGGGAGCGGCCGCAGGCGGACAUGGGCCCCCGUGCCGCCCCGCUCCUGCCGCUGCUGCUGGCUCUGCUCGGCCGCCCGGAGCCCGGGGGAGCCGAGGGCUGUGACCUGCAGCCGGUGAUGGCAGAGUCACCCAUCAUCCUGUCCUAUGCCACCAGCACGGUGCCACGGGGCUGCGUCAGCAGCAGCUCCCUGAGCGCCAGCCGUGAAGUCCACAUCCUCAGCAUCGAGUGGUCCAAGGUCUCUGCCGUCCCACUGAAGGUGUCGGUUGUGCCACGCGCCGGUGACUGCAGCCGCUCAGCAGUUCUCGUCCUGCUCUGUGCCCGCUGCUCUGCCACCGUCACCUCCCCGUGUCCAGACCUGCUUGUCCGCACCGAUGCCCACCUCAGCCGAGAGACCACCGCAGCACAGGACCUCGAGCCACCCACGGCCACCAGUGAGGGACAGCUGCUGGCCUGGGCUCACACAGCCUAUGGGGGGGUCACAUCCUACAGCAGGCUGCAGGACCCCCGCAGGGUCCAGCUCCGCCUGGGAGAAGAUGCCAGCAGCCCCCAGGACUGUGUGCCCCAGGAGCGCUUCGAUGCCAGGCUGCACCUCGAGGCUGAGGUCUUCUUCCAUGAGGUGAAAGGCUGCUCACGCAGGGAUGCCCAGAGCACCAAGGCUGCCCACAUUGUCCGCCUGCAGCCCCAGCACAGCUCCCCCAUCACAGAGGUGAACCUGUCUCUGAGCUGUCCUGAGCGAGCUGUGAGCAACCAGAUCCUCAUCCUGCAGAGCCCAGCCAACCUCACCUGGUCCCUCUCUGUCAACAACUGCCACACACAGUUCCUGGUCUCUGGGGACUACAAGAUCAUGCCCAUCUCCUCGCUGCUGCUCCCUGGGCAGCUCCUCCCUGACUCAGAGCAGGGCCUCAUCGCCAAAGCCUUCGAGAACAACUGCAGCGUCAUCGCCUCCUACUCUGUGAUUCCCACCAGUACCCACAUCAGCCUGGAGAUCCAGGAGUACGAGGUGAUCAGGCAGGUGCCUGUGACACCCACUGCCCCAGCCCGCCCCACUGAGUCCAUGCCCCACACGCUGCUGUUGAUGCUCCAGCCCUGGAAGUGCACAGAUGAAACCAUGGAGAUCGUCAUCGACAGGUCCUACCUACAGAUCAUCAAGGAUGUGGUGAACAUCACCCUGCGGGACAUCAGCUGCCAGGCGAAGAAAAACGCUACUCACUUCAUGCUGAAAACCCCCCUCAGCCACUGUGGCACCUCGCUGGAGGACAAGGGCCACGCCAACAACGAGCUCAUCCUCAACCUGGCCCAGGGCACAGUGCUCCGGAGCGUGCGGGUGGCCUUCCGCUGCAACAUCCCUCGGGAGCUGUUCCUGCGCCUCUUCCCCACGGCUGCCUUUGACGCACCGCAGAUGGAACUGGAGGUCAACAAGGAGGUUUUUGUGCAGGCGUCCAUGCGGUGGGAGGACCACCCGUCCGACCUGCAGCUGAAGGAGUGCUGGCUGGCAGAGCCGGGCCGGGAGCCGGUGCUGCUGGUGCAGGCUGAGGAGGCUCGUGGCGCCGGGGUGGCAGUGCUGGAGGGGCCCCCCAGCAGCCAUGGCAGGAAGGUUUGGCGCUUCCGCUUCACCUACACCGUCCCCGAGGGCAGGCGGGUGCCCUUCUCCGCCACCAUCAAGUGCAAGGCUGGACUGCAGAACGACACCAUCUUUGAGAAGGUGCUGGAAGUGACGGUGAAGGACAGCUGGCAGCCGCCCAACACCCGCGGGCUGGGCCUGGCCGCUGUCCUGGGCAUCACCUUCGGCGCCUUCCUCAUCGGGGCACUGCUCACGGCCGGGCUCUGGUACAUCUACUCCCACACCCGUCCCAUCUCCAAACUGCAGCCGGUUUCCAGCACAGCCCCGGCCUCGGAGAGCAGCAGCACCAACCACAGCAUCGGCAGCACCCAGAGCACCCCCUGCUCCACCAGCAGCAUGGCCUGACCCCCCUGGGCCCCGCCGAGCCCACAUGGCCCCCUGCCGCUGGACUUGGACACCCACUCCAGCCCCAUUAAGCUGUUUUUUUG